UUCUACAAUGUASAAAAUAGUCYAAAUAAAGAAAAACCCUUGAAUGAGAAGGUGUUGUAAAACAUUUUACCACUUAGUGCUUCAUUGCACAAAUAGAACACCACAACAUUGUUGUAGGUCAUGAUAACAUGCCUACAUUUUCCAGGAAGCUUCAAAACAUUUGUGGAAUUUGCUUUUGUGGCUUGUUCCUUGGUCACUUGAAUUUCUUUAACUUUUGAUAUGUUAUGGCUCAAAGUUUAGCUGUUCAUAAUAUUGAAAAAGCCAUUCCAUUAAAAUUAUAUUUUUGGAAGUUGGAAGGUUUUACUCUGAGAUAAAAAGGAAAACUGUGUGCACUACUCAAACGGCUUGUCUUCUCUUGGGCAGGGCUCAAGUCUGUUAAUAUUGAUCAGUUGGAGCUUUUCUCUCAAAAGAAAGGAAAAAAUAUUGAUUAUAAUAGAACAGACUAUCCUAAAGUUAUAAUCCCUCACAAAAACCAAUGAGAUUCUUACAUUAURGUUUUUAUUUCUUUGUUAUUAAAGUAGAUAUGAUAUUCAAUAUAUUCUCUUCUGAGAGCUUCCUCUAUAUGUGAAUUGUAGUCAGUAAACUUCAACAAAAAUCUAUAUUGGCUGUUGUCACUUUAUGCACACCCAUGCAUAGGCCUACAUAUGCACAACAGUAUAGUCUACAUUGAUUUAUAUUGCAGCUUGUCUCUUCAUGUCUAGAUUAUAUAACGUUGCAUGUGAAUUAUUGAUGUUGCUCAUGUUGAACAGUAAAUACUAGAGCCUGCCACACCUYCCAUAAAAUAUAUUUUCUUUGUUUCUUUGCAGAAAUGUUCAGAAAAAAAUACUUGAAUCAAUUUUAUUUAACUGUUUCAAGAUAUGCUGUUUCUUUCUCCCAAACAUGUUGGACAAGUGUGUGCAGUGUAUCCUGGUAUUGUGUAUCUUAUGUCUGUUCCUCAGGCCUACACACAACUUUGCGAGUCUCUCCAACCAACCUUGGRGCUGUGGGAGGAAUGUCUGUACCCUUGUGGACUCCUCAAUGCACAUGUCCCAGCAAGCCCUGAAUACACUACACUGUAGGCUACACCUCAACAUGGCCAAUGCAGAAAGACYUAUAAGGAGCAGCAACAUCAAACAGGCCUGUAAAGAUUUAACUUACACCCAGUCAUACUUGUAUUCUAUCCUGGGUUUGACUUGUAUACCAUUGAUAUUCUGAUCUUCCAGGUUAUAUAGUUAUUAUAUAGUUAUUAAAUAAUAGGGUGCUUUCUUGAAACUAUAUUCUACUCUGCAGACAUGUGAAAAUGACAAACUUGUCACAGUUUAUUUGUCCAAACAGAACUCAUACAACAUUAAUCAGCAGUUAUAUUGUGCACACAGCAUUGGAUGUGCUGUCACACUACGCUUCAUAAGACGCGGGAGUGGCUGUGCUGUGGUUGACUCCUGCAGGCGGCGCCUAGUUGCGCGUUAGACGCGCUGCGUAUACUGUGACGAGAAUUUCAAGAACGCAUAGGUAGGACAAUUGGUGUGUAAACCAAACUGGGAAAUCACCUCUUGGGACACAUAGUGAUUUUGUUAAGAAGUGGUCAAAUAAGAUGUCGAGCCGGACCAGACCUGGCUACUGUCGCCAGGACGUGAACAAAACCARCUGGGAGGUACCCGAGCAGUACCGGGAGCUGAAACAGGUGGGGACGGGGGCUUACGGUACAGUCUGCUCUGCGGUGGACUUCAGGACAGGGACCAAGGUGGCCAUUAAGAAGCUCCACAGGCCCUUCCAGUCUGAGCUCUUUGCUAAGAGGGCCUAUCGGGAGCUGAGGCUGCUCAAACACAUGAAACAUGAAAAUGUUAUUGGCCUUGUCAAUGUAUUCACUGCAGACCUCUCCUUGGACAGAUUCCAUGACUUCUAUCUGGUGAUGCCUUUCAUGGGAACAGAUCUGGGGAAGUUGAUGAAGUUACAGAAUCUCUCGGAGGACAAAGUACAGUUCCUGGUGUAUCAGAUGCUGAAGGGACUCAAGUAUAUCCAUUCUGCUGGCAUCAUUCAUAGGGACCUCAAACCUGGGAAUCUGUCUGUUAACCAGGAAUGUGAGCUCAAGAUCCUGGACUUUGGGUUGGCGCGGCAGGCUGACAGUGAGAUGACAGGCUACGUAGUGACUCGCUGGUACAGAGCCCCAGAGGUCAUCCUCAGCUGGAUGCACUACACCCAGACUGUGGACAUCUGGUCAGUGGGCUGCAUCAUGGCAGAGAUGCUGUCGGGAAAACCACUGUUCAAAGGCAAUGACCACCUGGAUCAGCUGACUGAGAUCAUGAAAAUCACRGGGACGCCCACUCAGGACUUCAUCACCAAACUGCAGUCUCAGGAUGCUAAAAACUAUGUCAAAAGCCUUCCCAAAGUGCAAAAGAAAGACCUUCAGGAACUCUUUUCCAAAGUCAGCCCACAGGGUAAAACUAUCACCAUCGCAUAUAAUGUAUAGUGAAUCUGCAGAAUCCCAUCGGCAUGACCACUGUGUGCUGUCUUUAUCUCUGUCUURAUCUCUCUGUUUAGAUGUAUGUAUUCCCUCUGUUCUGUUUAGAUGUACAGUGGGGAGAACAAGUAUUUGAUACACUGCCGAUUUU